CUGCAUGGUUGGCAUUUGUCCCCAAAGCUGUUAGUGCCAGCAUUUCCUCCUUUGUGUUUUAGCCGCUAAAUGUGACCGGUUGUCAUGUUUUGGGCAGUGGGUUUUUCUUUUCAGCAAGAGCAUGCUAUUAAGAAGGCUUUGGUCUAGCUCUGAUGAGGUGAUGACAAGGACUAUAAAGCAGCUUUGUAAUCACAUGUCAUAAUUUGUACCUUUUUCAGUGAAGGUGACGCUGUGAGUUUACAUCUGUUGCAGUUACUAUUUCAUGAGAGAAAACGCCUGGCAUCAGGACAGGUCAUGUACGAGGGUUUGGAAUACUGUGACGAAAGGUUCAGUUUAGAUCUCACGUGUGGAGUCUUUCCCUGGAGAGGGCCGACCGGCAAUACCAAAUUUCUGAGCUGCCAGACUGUAGAAAAAUUUCCCAAGCCGGUUGACGGAGAGGAUAGCGUUAAUGAAGUAAUAUCUCCUGAGACCAGUGUAUCAGUCUUCAGCUGGCAAGUGAAUACGUAUGGUGAGGGAAAGCCAUCUACUUACUUGGGUGUAUUUGACAUUAACCGCUGGUAUCACGCUCAAAUGCCAGAUUCACUGAGGCCGGAAGAACUCCUUCACGACUGCCCCUAUUUUGCGCUGUGGUCACUGGAUACUGGACUAAGUAUGACUUCUCCAAGCCUCGUUUUGGAUAUUCGAGUACGUGAGCAGAGUCUCUGUCGCGGAGUGCCUCCUUCCUAUCCACCACCUGAUCAGUUUUUUAAUCCAAGCUCCUAUAAUUUUGAUGGUACGUGCUUGCUGAACUCCGGAGUUGUCCAUAUGACUUGCACCAGCUUCCAGAAGGAGAAUGAUCGCCAUCCUCGCUUCAGAGAGGGGGCAUGUGCCAGAAAGUCUGAAUUACGCCCAUAUCGGAAGAUCCUUCCUAGAGUUCAAAGGCAGCUGGCUGCAGAGAGAGCCAGGCCUUACCAUUUGCCUUCGUCGGCCUUAAGAGGAGUUGCGAGACCAAAGCCAGUAUCAAGAGCAAGAAAACCAGCCAAUUCAGGAUAUCUGGAUAUCAUAGCAACUUUCAUGAGUAAUGUGUUAUCCAGAAUUGGAGCAGCAUGGGCAGGAAAUGAGCAG